CGGGAGCUUGGCGGAGGCGCGCGCGGUGCUUUUAUUUCCAAGGUUGGAGCUGCUCGGGUGCCGGGCUGUCGGCUCGAUUUGCACGUUAGACCUUAAAAAUAAGGGCAGGCGUGGGGAAAGAGCCCCCGUCACGGAUUUUAGAAUCCGAAAGGGCUCCUUAAAAGCAAACCUGACGGAAGUAAAAAAAAAUUGCACGUAUAAACCCAUCGCGCUUGGAGGCUUUUGGAGACUUGGAGUAGUUAAUACUCGCUGCAGGUUCUGAUCAGUUUUAAAACGGGAGGCCAGCAGAAGUGGGGAAGAAGGAUCGGUUUUCUCGCUUGCAUCUUUUUGUGAUGGCUUCGUAUCAUUGAUACCGGGAGAAAUUCUGACCAAUGGGCGGAAGGAUGGCUUCCGUGGGCGGGUUUUAAGAAUGGCCUUGAGUAGGCGCACCAAUUCAAGGGGCUUCUGCCCAAUGUCCUUGCAAACGCGGAGGCAUAAGAGUGGCGGAGCUGUCAGUCUUCAUCUCGCGGACGAUCUUCCCAGAUCAUUGGAAAAACGAUGCCCAUGUUGGCAGAAGGGGGCUUGGCUUAUUGCAUUGGCAUCACCUUGCUUUGUCUAAGAGAGUUUGCAGCUGAGGCUUCGGGAUGGACAGGAAUGAGGAAUACAGUCAGUGCCCAGAUGCCCCAUGAAAUUAUAAUCCCUCAGUGGAGAGCGGAUGCAAACUCAGGCAACGACAAGCAUCCAUCGAGAGCAGAACUCAGGAUAACAGCUGAAGGAAGAAACUUUAUUGUCGAUGUUGAAAAAAAUGAGGAUCUCUUUGCACCAGACUACACUGAAACUCAUUAUACCAAAACUGGAACAGCCCAAACCAUCUGCUUGAACAAAACAGAUAAUUGCUUUUACCAUGGAAGAGUGAGGGCCGUUCGUGAAUCAAGUGUGGUGCUCAGCACAUGCAGAGGUCUACGUGGCCUUAUAGUUAUAAGCAGCAACCUCAGUUACGUCUUAGAACCUCUUCCUAAUAGCAAGGAGCAUCACUUCAUCUACAGGUCUGAGCAUCUCAAAGUUCCUCACGGAAGCUGUGGAAAUGAGCAUUUGGAGUUAAAGGUGACAGAUUGGCUUGCAGAGUUGACAGGCCGAACUGAACCCCGUUACCACAGGGUGAAGAGGGAUGAUCAACAAUCAAUGAAAUAUGUGGAGCUUCUAUUAGUAGCUGAUUAUGCAGAAUUUCAGAAAAAUAAAUAUGAUCUUCAAGCAACCAAGAAUAAAUUGGUGGAAGCUGCCAAUUAUGUAGAUAAAUUCUAUAGGUCGUUAAACAUACGGAUUGCUCUGGUUGGACUUGAAAUCUGGAAUGACUACAAUAAGUGUGACAUCUCUGAGAACCCACAUUCAACGCUUUGGUCAUUUCUUGCUUGGCGGCGCAGAUUACUAAUAAAUAAAAAGCACGACAAUGCCCAGUUGAUUACUGGGAUGUCCUUCCAUGGUACUACUAUUGGCUUGGCCCCUCUGAUGGCCAUGUGUUCGGCUUAUCAGUCUGGAGGAGUAAAUAUGGAUCACUCUGAAAAUGCCAUUGGAGUUGCUGCCACUAUGGCCCAUGAGAUGGGCCACAACUUCGGCAUGAGUCAUGAUUCAGUUGGCUGCUGCUCUGCCAGUCCCAGAGAUGGAGGAUGUAUUAUGGCUGCUGCAACAGGGGCACCCUUCCCCAGAGUCUUCAACGAAUGCAAUAGAAAAGAGCUGGAACGGUAUCUGCAAUCUGGUGGUGGAAUGUGUCUUUACAAUAUGCCAGAUACAAGGACCUUAUAUGGAGGACAGAGGUGUGGAAAUGGGUAUCUGGAAGAAGGGGAAGAAUGUGAUUGUGGAGAAGUGGAGGAAUGUCAUAAUCCUUGUUGCAACGCUGCUAAUUGCACUCUGAAGCAGGGCGCUGAGUGUGCUCAUGGAACUUGCUGUCACAAAUGCAAGUUGGUUUCAUCUGGAACUCUUUGCCGGGAACAGGAAAGAACAUGCGACUUACCAGAAUACUGUUCGGGCAAAUCACCAUUUUGCCCUGCAAACUUCUAUCAGAUGGACGGUACCCCAUGUGAGGAUGGCAGGGCAUAUUGCUACAAUGGAAUGUGUCUGACCUACGAGCAGCAAUGUUUGCAGCUUUGGGGAUAUGGAGCAAGGCCAGCCCCUGACCUUUGCUUUGAGAAAGUUAACGCUGCCGGAGAUUCCUAUGGGAACUGUGGGAAGGAUAUCAGUGGGAACUACAGGAAGUGCGACACAAGAAAUGCUAAAUGUGGCAAGAUACAGUGCCAAAGUUCUGCUUCCAAGCCUCUGGAGACCAAUGCUGUUGCAAUUGAUACAACUAUCAAAUUAAAUGGAAGAGAAGUUCAUUGUCGUGGUACCCACGUCUAUCGAAAUGAAGAAGAUGAAGGAGAUAUAUUAGACCCAGGACUUGUGAUGACAGGAACCAAAUGCGGUGACAGUCACGUGUGCUUUGAGGGCCACUGUCAGAAUACCUCCUUCUUUGAUAGGGGACAUUGUGGAAAAAAGUGCAAUGGCCAUGGAAUUUGCAACAACAAUCACAACUGCCAUUGUUUCAGUGGAUGGGCACCUCCAUUUUGUGAUAAACCUGGAAAGGGAGGAAGCCUGGACAGUGGCCCCAUGCUUGAAAAAAAUCCUAUUCCAAUCAUCAUAGGUGUCCUGGUUUCCAUCUUGCUUUUGACUUUAAUUGGAAUAGCUUUAUGCUGUUACAAAUGGAGGGCCAAACUUGUGCCAAUUAAGAAGACUAUCUUUGCUCCCAAGAAAACCGAACAGCCAAGCCCACCUCCUUCCAUUCAGAAGGAAGUGAAUGGACAUGCCAACCCAGCAUUCAAAUUGAAAACUCCACAAGGACAGAGAAAGAUUACUGAUAUACAGAAUGCACUCUCAAAUCUGAAGUGCUAUACUGCGAGCCACCUGCAGAGCUCAAGAGACAGGGGCAGCCACCACCCCCGGCUUUUCCACCUAACUACACAAAGAAACCCCCCUUUCUGGAACAUCGUACCGAGGAGAAGCAUUUGCCAAAACGAACUCCGCCAAACAGGCCCGCACCUCUGCCUCCAAACGUCAUGGUUCAGCAGGAUUCUUCCCGACUAAAACCACCUCAGAGAGCACUUCCGGCUAAUCCAGUCUCUUCAAGCAACAGGGCGGGGUUGUCCAAAGUGAAUACAGGAGCAGUACCAUCCUAUGGCACU